CGAGGUUUUCCGGGUGAUAAGAGGAUCCGCCCAUCUGUCAGCUCAAAGUGAAAGUGAAACUGGAAGUGUCCACAAAGAAUAAAUAUGGCGUCGAUAAACAAGCAGAAAACUAGUAUACUGGACAAACCUCUGGGAAAAGGGAAGCCGGAGAUAAAUGCAGCCACCUUUGCGCUGCUCUUCUCAGAGAUGGUACAGUACUGCCAAAAUCGAGUCUACAGUGUAUCAGAACUUCAAACAAAGUUAUCAGAACUAGGACAACAUGUGGGCACUCACAUGCUUGACCUGCUGUUUGUGAGGGAGAAAGGAUAUAAAAGGGAAACUAAACUUCUGAACAUGCUUCUCUUCAUAAAGAACAAUUUCUGGAAGACAUUGUUUGGAAAGGAGGCAGAUCGUUUAGAACAUUCCAAUGAUGACGAAAAAACAUAUUAUAUAAUUGAAACAGAACAUUUAGUCAAUAGAUACAUAUCUGUUCCAAAAGAUAAAGGGAAACUUAACUGUGCAGCGUUCACAGCGGGUAUAAUAGAGGCUGUAUUAAAUGGAGCAAAUUUUCCAGCAAAAGUGACAGCGCAUUGGCAUAAAGGAACAACAUUUAUGAUAGAAUUCGAUGAAUCUGUUUUGGCCAGAGAUAAAAUGGUGUGAUGCAGUUUAAAGAGACACAAUAUUUUAUGUACGGUAUAUCAAAGACCUUGAAAAACAACAUAUGAAUGCUUUCAAAACUUUAUUGAUCACUAAUAAUAAUAAUAAAUAUGACUCCAUAA